AUGUCUUCUUCAAAAGUUUUGCUUUGUGACCUUUGCAUCGUUCUACUGGUUGGUUUGAGCUUUGUAUUAGGUGAAGAUCGACCCCACACUGCACCAUCAGUAGAUGAAGGACCCAAGGGUAACUGCUCAUGCGGCGGAUUCCCUACAAGCACAAUUGAUGCAAAUGACCUACCUCUGCUAUCUCAAACUCCUGGUUUGAUGGUAAAGUGUGAUUCUGAAGGCGAAAACACAUGUAAAAGCCUUUGUAAUGCGCUGGCUACUGCAACCAAGGCCAAAGGCCCUGAGGUUUUGUGCAACAGAUUGAAAAAUGCCAAUGAGUUAAAGUUGUCAGCUUUCUUCAAAGUGUGUGAGCUACCAUGGACAUACGCCAACCUGACUGCCGACGAGCCGCUGUGUUGCGAUGACGCUAAAGUUAAGACGUGCCCUUCGAUGGAGAAGAAUAAUACUACAGACACAACAGAAGCCAAGCCCGUCGCAUAA